UCCCUUAACGCCGUCCCCUCCACCGUUAACUCCGGUUUGGGAUUCCGUCCGCCUCCGCUUAAUUCCUCCCCUGCCCGGAAUUUAUACCUCAACCCCCGCCUGCAGGGGACUGUCUCCCACCCCAGGGGCGACGAAGCUAAGCGAAUUCUCGACAUAUUGCUCAGGCCCAAGAAGAGGAACCCCAUCCUCGUCGGGGAAUCCGAGCCCGAGGCUGCGAUCAAGGAGGUCUUAAAGAAGAUUCACAACAAGGAUUUCGCCGAUGGGGCUUUUGCUACUGCUCACGUCAUCCAUUUCGAGAACGAGCUUCCCUCUGAUAAAUCGCAGCUACCCGGGAGGCUCAAGGACUUGGGGGAAUUGAUUGAGACCAAGAUUGCAAAUUCUGGCUGCGGAGGGGUUUUCGUUGACUUGGGUGACUUGAAGUGGCUC